AUGUCUCGGCCUGGGAUUCCAGCUUGGAAGAAGCUUGGACUGAAACUGAAGUACGCAAAUGAAAACCCGGAACGUGCGACCAGCAAUGGUAUCGCGUCACCAGCUCACCAAGCUGGUUAUGAUUCAUUGAAGGACUCGCAAUCAUCUACGUCAGAACCCCCGAGGAAGAAACAGAAGAUGGAUUCUAAAUCCAAAAAGGCUGUCGAGUCAGCAUCAGCCAAUCCGGAUUUGCAGCCUGAGACCACCAAAGGUAGAGAGGAACCGGCAGGAAGGAAAGUCGAGAAACGAGUAUCAUUUUCUGCCGACGCAAAACCUUCCUCCCCGACAGGAAGUCUAUCACCUGUUCUGAAUGACUUCAAGGCUCAAAAAUCUUCGACAAGUGUCAAGAAAUCAAAGAAAACCGGACCAAACGUUCUUCAACAAUUUGUGCCUAAGUCGACUGCUGUGUUGGAAUACCUCAACCAAUAUCACGCGGCACGGUCAGAAUGGAAAUUCAACAAGAACCGAGAGACGUGGAUUUUGAAACACGUCUUCUCGGAAAGUGAUAUUCCCCAAGAAUACAAUCUUGCUCUGGGAAGAUAUAUCUAUGGACUACAGGGUGCUGGGGCUCGCGAACGAUUGAAACUGCAGAGCAUAGCGUUGUUAGAAAAGGAGGAAAGGUCUCACAUGGAAGUCGAUAGCCGUGGCAAUGUUGCUGAUGAAGAAGGUGAUGUUGAAUAUCGCCAACGGUUCAAGGACGAUCUGGCAAGUCCACCAUCGUCGGGUAUUGCUGCUGCAGGCACUCUUGCCACAGACCCGAAAUAUCAAUCCUGGAUUCAGAGGCAAUCACGUCCAAGGAUAUUACUGUGGGCACUUGGCCUGGACAGUGACGCCCUAAUCAACGGGACCAAAACAAAGGUUAAGAAGAGAAAGAACAGGACUGCGGUUGUCGACUACUUCAGCUCCAGCUCCAGUUCCACUUCUAGUUCUAGUGACAGCGACAGCGACAGAGACAGAGACAGCGGGAGUGAGAGCGAAGAGAGUCACAAAGGUUCUCAGGGCCGCAUCAGGACGUCAAAGGGGGACAAGAGUGAAGAGACUUCUAGUAGUGGCAGCGAUGAAGAUAGUAGUAGUGAGAGCGACUCGAGUACCGAUGUCGAGAGCGCUGUCUAG